GCUGAUCAUGAUAACACUCACUGAAAACUUGGACAGCUACAAGUAACAUUAUAUGUACUGUAUAGUAUAUAUAUUUCAGUACGAAGGUCAAUACUUAUCAAUAUAAUUUCCAGUAAAAGUCUGAAGAUGGCUCUUCAGUGGACAUUUAUCGCUACCUUCCUUUACUUUGAGAUUGCUUUAGUCAUUCUACUGCUGCUACCAUUUGUAUCACCUGCAAGAUGGCAGAAGAUUUUUCGCUCCAACAUUGUCAGCAGUGCGUCUGCCUACUCCUAUAUAUACUUCAAUGUGUUCAUCGCCAUUCUUCUGUUGCUGUUCGUAGAUUCCAUCAGAGAGGUCAACAAGUACUCCGUGCCCGUUGCAGAAGUUGACCUGAAGCACAAUCUUGACUCAGAAAACCUUGCACACAUGAAAUUAUUUCGGGCCCAGAGGAACUUUUACAUAACUGGAUUUGCUCUGUUUUUGUGGUUUAUCAUUCGUCGUUUGAUGACACUCACAUCAGAACAUGCAAGGCUAAGUGCCGAGUGUGAAGCUAGUCAGAAACAGGCUAAGUCGGCUAAUGAAGCUGCAAAGCGCCUCAUGGAGGAACAAGACAAUAAACGGAACAAGGCUGCUGAGGAUGACACAGCAGAAGAGAAAAGUUUGGCCCAACAGUUAGACAAGACUAAGGAGGAGCUGGUCAAGGUCAAACAAGAUUACAAGAAAGUCAAGCUAGAUUUAGACGCACUACGUAGCCAGGCUGAGGGAACAAACAAAGAGUAUGACCGUCUGCUCAAGGAGUAUUCAGACCUCCAGAAAAAAUUGAGCGAGGAUGGAACGAAGAAAGACAACUAGACUGUUGUUGUUGACUAACUGAAAUACUUUCUUCCACUCACCCUUUUUUCGCUCUAUGUACAAGUCCAUCAUUUAUUGGUUCUAACAGAGGAGAGUUAUAAUAAAAAUCAUGAAGCUGAUAAUGGACUGAAGUAAAAAAAAAAAAAAAGGAUCACUGAUUUUUUGGAAUUUCUUUUCACGAAAGGAAUAUACUUUGGCAGUUCAGACUUCUUCAUUGACUGGGUGCUGACAUUUGAAGAUUACUAAAAGCAAAGAAUCAUUUGCUUUAGACCAGAAAAUUUACAGAAAUAGUGCAAAAGUGUCUUCAGUCCUUGGGGUAGAACCAGAUGUUGUUUUCUUUCAAUAUUAUCUUAUCAAUAAUUAUAAAUCUCUCAAUCAAAAUAGGUGAAUAUUUUGAUAUCUAUUAUAUUUCUCAUUAAUCAGUCUGUUUUUGUAUGUAGGUAUACCUAUUAUUAUGGCAAUGGUUUGUACAUUUAAAAUAAUUAUUUGGUUUGUAUGUUUAUCAAAUAUCCCCUGUACGUGAUAAUGUAUAUCUCAAUAUAAAGGUAAUUUUCUAGUUGAAGUUCAAUAGUUUUGAAUAUAACAGCUAUUUGAAUAAUGUUUUAUAUAGACUACAUAUUCUGAAUUUAUUUCAUAGUCAUUGGAAGAGAUUCCGUACCGUUAAUGUAGACAGGGAUUUCUAUCGGGAUAUGAGACAUGAUCAAUAUUUGAACGUUUUCUUUGAGUAAAAGCAACAACUUUCAAAAGUAAGUCAAAUUUUUACACUGGAUGUUUUCUCAUUUACACGGUCAUCAUUGAAUUAUGUUUUUAAAUAACAACAUUGACAAAAUAUUUUAAAUUUACAUUGUACAUUUCGUUAUAUCAUUUCAAUGCAAAAAAAAAAAAUAUUUUCAAAGUUUUCAAAACUCAUUUUAAAACACAGACAUUUCUAUAACUUCACAUUCAGCACUAGAUAUUGUCAAAUAUAGUUUAUUUACAGAAUUUCCUGUUUGUGUUGUAAAGGUAAGAAUAAUACUGGCCUAAGCUUGGGUCAUUGACUUGCUUGAUUUCAUCAGUAAGCCUGAUAUUGACUUUAACAUGACCUAAGUACCCUCCUGGAAUCAUCUUAUUCAUUUAUUAUUUUUAUUUGAAAAAAAAAAUGAAGUUCAAACAAGCAAGAAUAAGCUAAAAUAUUAUAGAAUAUCAUCUAAAUACUAUAAUAAAGAUAAACAAACUGAAAUUUUAAACGUCCCAUUCAUAUGACUAAAGAAUAAAAAAUCCCUAACUUCACUCAACAUUAUUUAUUUUUAAACCCUUUAACAAAUUUUGGAUAUAACUAAAUAAUUCCUCUGGUCCAGUGGAAUUGGCAAUAAACAAGAUUCACUGUGAUGUUGUUUAUAAAAACUUGGUACUUACUGAAACUUUAAAUAUCUUUUUUCACCCUUGAUUUUGAUGGCAGUGGCCGGAAAAUACUCUCACAAUACCUGGAACAUAGAUGGGAUAUGUACCUUUUUAUAGUGUAAAUUGGCCAUUUAUAUGAUUCUGACUACUAUCCACUUGAAUAUAUGUAGGAUCUUAAAAUUUCAGAUUUGUUUUCAUUCCAUAUGAGAUUUCAUAAAUUAAGUCUUAGAAGUUUUUAUUUUUGCGAGCCUUGAAAAAUCAAAGCUGUGAGAUGAGUUUAAUAAAAAAAAAAAAUCUCAGAUGAAAUGAAAACAAAUCUGAAAUACUUUUUAUCACAUAAAACAGAAAAUGUACAUUUUGACAUGUACAGAAUGUGGAGGGAAAAAAUAAAUGGAGGCAGUCAUUUUGAUGUACCGUGUCAAAAAUUCAAGACUUAACAUUGUACAAUUACAAUUGAUUUCUGACUGGCGCCAUCAAUAAAAAAUGCUCCAGCGUAUGUUACACUAGUGACAUAAGCAUGCAGUAGUCAGAAUCAUUCGGACUGUGUGUCAGUAUGACAAUAGUUGCUUUCUGUUGCCUAGCUGUGAGUUUGUUCUAUAUUUACAUAUCUCUUCGUCCUUGUGUGUUUAUUUAUUAAUCUUGUGAAUAACAUUAUCUUAAUUGAUAUUAUUUAGAGGUCUAACCCUGUAGGUAAUUAAAUGAGACCAUUUCAGCAAUGAAUCUAUUGAGCGCAAGUGAUGACAUUUAUAUUUUUCCUGUGUGAUUUUUUUUUUUCUAGUGUUCCAUUUGUAUUGUGAGAUUACAUGUUACCUGUAUGUCUUUGAAAUUAAUUGAUCUCAAUCAGACUGACAUUGUUUAACAUUUCAGUUUUUGGUAGAGUAAUUUAUUAAAAUUUCUCCUUCAUAAAUAUGUCGCAUUAAAACACUUCCAGAACUAUCUCUAUUUCCAUAUUUUUCAAUUUGACUGAGUUAUCUCUCUUGCUCGAAAUGCAUAUGGCGUCAUUACAUCAAAUAUAUGUACGAGAAUUGGAUUCUGUAAAAUGUGGAACAAACAUUUCCAACUAAUAUAAUUAUUGUUACUUAAAGUGUGUUGAUUAGUACCUAUACACAAAUAGUGUAUAUCGCUGGAUCUGUUGUUCUGGUCAGAUCAGAAUUGGAAUGUUUAUGCUGUGAAUAAAGUGCACUUUUUUCCUGUUGAAAGAUUGUAAUUAAGUCUUGCAAGUGAAGUUAUCACAGGAAAUACCAUGUAUGGAUGAGUGUUCGUGAACUAGUUUUAAUGACAAGUAUUGUCCAAAAAAAAAAGAA